AUGCCGGGUAAAGAGGUUCAGGAGAUCACGCGUUGGCUUGCGGAGAAUGUUUCGCGGGAUUUAUACGUGCAUAUUAUGGAGCAGUAUCAUCCUGAUGCGCAUGUUGGGAGAAAAAGACGAGUUACUAGACGGGUGCGAUUUGGGGGAGAGGGAAGUGAUAGUCAUGAAGAGGUUAAAUAUGCUGAGAUUAAUCGUGCUGUACGUGAUGAGGAACUUGGACCGGUUAAGGAUGCUGCUGUUCAGGCUGGUCUUUGGCGGUUUUGUGAACCGCAUGAGGGACAGUUUCAUCUUUGA